AUGCUCGGCUUUCAAACACUGACAUGUCUUCAUGAUAUCCCAGUUGUGCGCUCAUCGACUAGUAAACUUCAGGAUGCUUAUGCUAAAGCUAAGGAAACAAGUGUAUUUAUUCGGCUUCCAUGCAAUUUAGCCGAAACAGUUGCUGAUAAGUCAUUACAAAUUGCUCUUACUGUUGCGAAUCCUCUUGUUAAACCAUUAAGUGGACCAGUUCGUGUCAUUGAUGAUUUUGCUGUGAAGAAAAUUCGCCAGAUUGAAUCGAAAUAUCCCGCUAUCAAUACACCAACAAAAGAAGUGGUCAACUCAUUUAAAGAUUCAACUGCAUCGACAAUUCAACAUGGCAAAGAGACUGUUUCAAACGUUGCAUCAGCGACAGUGAAUAAGGCAUCGAACGUAGCAGAUUCGGUUUUAUCAUUAGUUCAAGGACGCGAUACGAAAACUUCCCAAGGAGUUGUUCGACGAGUGUUCUCACCAAUUGGUUCAUUGUAUAAUCAAGUCUUUCAGACGGUUCGCUCAUCAUUAUUAUGGUUCAGAAUGUUGGUAGUUUUCUUUUUACUUAAACUCAAACAAAUCAAUGAUAUUGUUCUUCGUAAAAUACCACAAAAACCAUUUGUAACUGUAUUUGUCCAACGCUUCUUCAUUUUCGUCGGCAUUUUCUUGGAUUAUUUUAUCGGCCGCAUUCAACUCGACGAUCGAACAUUAGCUGAAUUGAAAAAAACUAAACAACAAGCACAAUUCAGCCAACAAUCCUAUACCAACCGACAAAGUAUCAAACCCGAACCAUUAAUGACAACUCGUCAAAGUAUAAAAACCGAUCCAUCGAUCGCAACCCGUCAAAGUGUUUUCGUUGCUCAACAAGAAACCACAGUCACUCGCACAAGUCAAGUCAACGGUUUUGCCGCAACUCAACCAGAUUACUCAAAUAUGAGUGAUAAAGACGAAUUAUACGCACGUUUAGCAGCUGCAAACGAAUAUAUCGUUGAAGAUGCUUAUACGACUGAACCGAUUGACCUUGUUGCCAAUGGUGAUAUUGCUCAAUUACAUAAACAAUUGAAACCAACUGAUGUUGAACUUCUCUAUACUCGAUUACCUACGGAUGUUGUACCUAUGUCCGAGAAUCAAGAGCCAUUAACUGCAGACCAACAAACACUUCAUGCAAGAAUAAUUGCUGCUGAAUUAGAACAACAAGGUUAUCGAGAUGAACAGUAA